AUGAAUUUGCCUCCAGCGCCACUACCACCAAGUAGCACGAGUGAAACGCAUGUGGACGUUGCUGCUACUGGUACUACCCCAGGGACUGGCAGUGUUCCUGAGCACGGGCACCCUCUGUCGUUCGAUCAGGUACAGCGACUGUGUAGCGUGCUAACGGAGUCCGUGACGCUGACCCCGAAGGACCCCGGGAGCAACUUCCCCGUGUUGCAAAUUUCCCCCGCCGCGAUCGUGAAGGUCGUCAGACAGCGACUCAUCCGAAAGGGGAUCACGAUUCGAGACAUCCGCAUGAACGGCAGUGCCGCGAGCUACUGUCUCUGCGAGAGACAUACGGACAGCAGCCUCCCCGAGUUGAAGUUCAACGACGUGGAUUUGAUAUUCGGCGUGUCCAUCGACGAGUGGUGUCGCGAGAGAGAUUUUCACAUCAUCAAGGAAGAAGUGCUCACUUCUCUGCUGGAUUUCUUUCCCGAGGAGUCGUCCAAGGCUCGCAUCAGUGGGCACCUGUUGGAGGAGACGUACGCGAGAAAGAUGGUGCUCGUCAUGACCCCCAAGAUCGAGUGGUCCCUGUUUUCCCUCGGCGACGAGACGGGCAUGCGAAGCAUCGAGCUGAAGUUCGUGAACAAGAUCCAGCGACAGUUUGAGUUCACCGUCGACUCGUUUCAGAUCUGCCUGGACGAGUAUUUCACGUACGGGAGGUGCACUGAGGACAGCCCCGUGGCAAUAUCGGCCGAGUUUUUCCCCACCGUGCAUGCCAUCUCUGUCUACCCGGACUACGAAGAAGCCAUGAAACACCUCAAUGAGCGGCUAAUCCACACCCAGAACCCGGAGGAAAUCCGCGGAGGCGGGCUCCUGAAAUACUGCACUCUGCUGGUGAACGGGUUCAAACCGGCCGAGAGCAGUCAAAUGGAAAAACUGGAGCCGUACAUGUGCAGUCGCUUCUUCAUCGAUUUCCCGGCUGAUUUCCAGCAGUACUACAAGAUACGUCGCUGCGUCACCACGCGGUUCUUGAGCGUCCGAGAGCUCGGAAAGUGCCAGGAAUUCCUCCAGAUUCUGUUCAUGGUCGUGAGCAGCCAGGCUCGCUGCCUCAUGGAGAGUGAACGUCAGAAAACCAUGUCUGUCAUUGUCCACAUCAGCUUCGAAGUGGGACAACCGUUCCCUCCCCCCAUGGCGAUGUUUUCGUCGUAUCCGAUCCAUCCGCCUCCCUGCGUCCCGCUGCGCGUACAGACGUCGUCGUACCAUCACCAUGGGAACGGACGCUCGAAUUACCCGCGAAACCGUCGACACUUCACUCCUCCGUUUGAGUCUUCUUCACACCAGCACCAUCCUCAUCAUCAUCACAAUCACUCUUCCUACCACAGAGCCCCGUGGUCUACGGUCAAACGGGCCCCUACAGCACAGGUUCGGUGA